GUCAACAGUGUGAAGACUGAUUUCUAACAGUUAUUUGCAUGGGAGUUCCAUUCUCCCAGUUAUUUGCAAAAUAUAUAUAUCGACACGUCUGCUGUGGCCAGACGUUUGCGCAUAUUGACUGCAAGGUUGUGUCAUAAUGCUGUAUUUUUCCAAAUUUAAAGAAAGACGUUUUUGCAUCAUGACGCCGUAAUAAGCAGACCUGUAGAAGUGGAUGCACUGCACUUAUAUUUAAGUUAUUGCAAAAUAUUUUAAAGAAGAAGGAAGGAAGGACUCUGCAAAGAACCACAGAAGCCCAAAUAAUUUUAUCGUCAAGCGACCUCGAGAGAAAUGGGAAAAUGGGAGUUAACAAUGGACCCUGUGCAGGAAUGGGGGGAGGAGGUGGAGGAGGGGGCAGUGUAUGGAAUAACGCUCCGGAGGGAGCCAGUCCACCCGCACUCUGACCCCGCAGAGGCCAUGUUGGAGCUCAGCUUUGUGCAAUAUCGCACCUGCAAGGUGAGGCGGCUCAAAGCUGCCACCCUGGACCGUCUGGUCGCCCACCUGCUGGAGCCUUGCAACCAGGAGCCAGAUUACACACGCAUAUUCCUGUCCAUGCAUCGCACCUUCACCAGCACGCACACACUCAUUCAGCUUCUCUUCAAGAGGGAUGACAACCUGUCUGAUGUGGACAACAGUGAUUUUUAUGUGAGGGUCCUACUUCCCCUGAUCCAGACCUGGCUAGAUGAGCAUAGUGAGGACUUUUUGGAGCCCCCCCAGUAUCCUUCUUUGCAGAUGCUCUCCUUCCACCUUCAUCGCCAUCUCUGUUUCCGACUCCUGGCCCAACGCACUGAAACCCUGCUGAAAAAAUUCCAGCAUGAAGAAACAGAUCACCAUGACAAGGCCACAUCAGCAGAGCCAUCAGAGGAAGAGGAAGAGGAGUCAGGGGAUGAUGGCCUGGAGUGUGACAGAGCUGAGGCAGACUUCAUGGCCUUCACUGCCACAGACAUUGCAGUGGAGCUCAAGCGGCUGGAUGCUGAGCUCUUCAUCAAAGUCAUGCCGUUCCAGUGCCUGGGGUGCGUGUGGUCUCAGAGGGACAAGAAGGACAGCCUGUCCCCAACAGUGCGGGCCACCAUUGCCCAGUUCAACAGCAUCACCAACAGAGUGAUUACCUCACUGCUGUGCCACCCCGCGCCCAGCCAUACCCCCACCUUGCCCCGAAGCCCGGCCCAGAGAGCCUGCAUCAUUGAGAAGUGGAUCAAAGUUGCACAGGAGUGCCGGCAACUGAAGAACUUCAGCUCUCUGAAAGCCAUCCUGUCUGCCUUGCAGUCCAAUGCCAUCUACAGACUGAGAAAGACCUGGGCUGCUGUCUCCAGGGAGAGCAUGGCAAUGUUUGAGCACCUGUGCGAUACCUUCCCAGAUGAGAACUGUGUGCUGAGCAGCAGGGAGAUCCUAGUGGAGCAGGAUGGAAGCCACCCAGCUGUGGACAGCUCGGUCCCCAAGUCUCCCAAGCCUCCCAAGCGGAGCCCCAUCUCCAGGCAGACGAGUAUCUCUGGUGGCAUUGUCCCCUACCUGGGCACUUACCUGACAGUCCUCACCAUGCUGGACACAGCACUACCUGACACCAUGGAGGGUGGCCUCAUCAACUUUGAGAAGCGGAGGAGGGAGUUUGAAGUUCUCUCCCAGAUCCAGCAGCUGCAGGAGGCCUGCUCCCUGUCUAUCCUGCCUCACCACCCACAGAUCACGCAGUGGCUGCUAGGGCAAAAAAUGCUGAAUGACCAGGAGAGUUAUGACCUGUCUCGGGAGCUGGAGCCUCCUGCCGACUCAUGCCCCAGCUCGCCGAGCUCCUGGAGCCACCGCCUGCUUUCCAAAAAGCUCUCCUCGUUGCUGACCAUCACUGGGGGACCUGACAGAAAGAUGCACUCCGACCAGGUCAGUGUGUCCUCCUCAGGGUCCAGUGGAUCUGAAAUGGAGGAUCUCUCCACCCCACACUCCUCACCCCUCAGCCUGCAGUCUCUGUCCAGCUCCUGUCACAACAUGGCGGAGGCCCUCCCCACCAGCUCCUCUGGGUGCAUGACCCCCUCCAGCUCCUCCUCCAACUCCCAGCCGGACCUAUCAGUACCCUCACCGGCCACCGCACACCGUACCCUCAAGCCUGCCCCCCAGCACAAACGCUCUGUGUCCAUGACCUCGCUGCCUGUUUACAACCAGCAGGUGGCAGACUCCUGCAUUGUCAGGGUCAGCGUGGAGAAUGGCAACAACGGCAACAUGUACAAGAGCAUCCUGCUGACCAGCCAGGACAAGACAGCCCAGGUGAUUCAGCGAGCCCUGGAGAAACACAAUCUGGAGGAUGUGAACUGCCAGGACUUCACCCUCAGCCAGGUGCUGCCCCAAGACAGAGAGCUGCUUAUUCCAGAAAAAACCAACGUAUUUUAUGCCAUGUCCACCUCAGCCAACUAUGACUUUGUCCUACGUCAGCAGAAGAGUAGCCCCCGGAAACCCUUAGGCUCUACGUCUAGCCUGAGCUCAUAUGUAGGAGGCCGCCAUGCCAAGUAACAGCACCCCCUUUUCUCUGGAUGAACUACUGAAAGGAGGAGAUCACUCAUAUAGUAGUAUACACUCGAGAACUCAAGGGAAUUUUAACACUGUUGCUGCAUCACUGUGAAUGUUUGUUUUUGUGUGUCUGUUUUAUUAAUGAAAAACUGUCCAGACGAAUGUCCAGACCAGAACAUUGAACCAAAGGAGGUUUUUUCUUCCGGAUUGAAAUAUCUGACUGCAAGCAGCACAUCAAUCUGAGCAAACGACUGUGUUUCUGUUUGGGGUGUUACGCACUCUUACACGAGUAAUGCCAAACUGCCGUUGUAAAAGGAGAUACAAAUCUUUUUUCUACUUUUGCAAGAAACUAGUAUGUGAAGACAUGAAAAAAGGAAGAAAUGAAGAUAUAAAAAUAAACAAAGAAUGAAGAGUGCAUGGACACAAGCAGGCUGGAGCUCCAGGCACAGAAGGACAUGCUGACUUACACUCGCCCAGUGUGUUCUGCUUAGAAUGACCUUUGCUCCAGUCUGUCUGUCGUUUAAGUAUUUAGCUAGUGUUACUAAUACAACCUGUUCUUCACGGCUAUGUCAAAGAGCCCCACCUACUGGACUCAUUUGCUUUACACUGACUGAAAGUAGACUCAUUGCUCCUUAUUCUGUCAUCCCACGGUUGUUUUUCUAGGAAGUGUUGCUUUGCCAUCACAACAGCUGAGGACACAGAAACGCAUUGUCGCAUGUAAGCACACUGUACCCUGCUGGUCUCUGAAGUUGUGGCUCAUGGGUAAAUGUGGUCGCCCUGCUGUUCUCGAUGUGCAGGAAUGAAUCAUGACUUCUGAGAGCUAGUACGGAAGAGUGUGGGUUCGUGGAGGUACUGUACUUGUCUGCAAGAGACCAGCACUCUGGGCAGGACUGUGGGGAGAGCAUGCCAUACCCUCCCAUAUCACUGUGAUCUCUGCAAAGAAGGUACCAGACAGCUGUUAUCACUGUAAUCCCUCUGAGGAUGUCUGUGAGGGAGAUACUUGACAGCCAUUAUCACCAUGAUCCCUCCCAGGAAGAUACCAGAGGGCUAGUGUCACUGUGAUCCCUGAAAGGGAGAUACCAGAUAGCCAGUAUUGUCGUAUUCCCUCCAAGGGAGAUACCAGAGGGCCGGUAACACUGUGAUCCCUGCGAGGGAGAUACAGAAGGGCCAGAGAACAAGGGUAACUGGCUGACCUGGCUGUGCGGCAUUCCACUGCAGGACAGAUGCUACCAGAGAUAACAGUGAUAGAAACAGCUUGAGUUAAUGCUGGUGACAAUGGCGGUAAAUAGCUGUAGUGAAUAAUCAUGUUGAGGGUUAUUUAUAAAGUGUCUCUCACAAACCCAUGGCACUAGACAUGUAUUCUUGAAGAUAUAUAUAUAUAUAUAUAUAUAUAUAUAUAUAUAUAUGUAUAUAUAUAUAUAUAUAUAUACAUAUAUAUACAAUAACAAUAUAUAUAACUCCCUAUCCUGUUGCUCAGUGCUGAAUAAAUCUGGCCAGAUUGUAUAACAGUCCAAAAAAGGACAAAGCACAGAACAUUGAAGCAAAUACACCCACGCCUCCUUUCAGAGCUAACAUUAGCCAGAUGUCCUUUCAUCUGCAGGAGCUUUGACAUGCAGGGAGAGUGCCUCUGAAUUCAAUGACAUAAAAUUAGACACAAGAUUAAAAAAAGAUCCGUUACUUUUGCAUUUGUUGUCUUCCAAAUCGAGGGCUUUCUUCUGUGCCCCUUUGGGCUCUGAGGUCAGUCACUGAAUCGGCCCCAGACGGGCAUCCCUUUCAGGCUCACAGGAAACCCUGCUAGGCCUCCAGCUCAUCUCAUCUCCUGCUCUACCCAUAAAGUUAAAAAAGAGGGAUAUGCCAUUUCCAGAAGUUCAGGUUGUCUUUUUUAGCAUUCAAGGGUGUUGUUCUUGAUGGGACUGCUCUAUCCUCUCCCCGUGAUAGUUCAGAGAUGCUCCGCUCAGUACUACCAUGUUCCAAGGAAUGUAUUGCCAAAUGUGGCUCAUUGCAUUAUUUUUUUUUUUUGGCCUGUUAUCUGUUAUCAAAUGAAGGAUAUAAACUGUAGUGUCUUCCCUCUGUAAGCUAAGUUUUCUGAACAGCACAACAGAUAUCGAUGCCUACCCAAUAGCUGCUAAUGUUUUAUGGGAAACAGUUAACCAUUUUGGUCAGAACAGAAAAGAAGCAUGUUGGAAGAUGAACGUUGAAAGUUGUAUUGCAUGUGUUUAACAAUAAAAUGUAUCUAUUGGCUUUGUGCUGCUGUUCAUCUGAUUUUGUGAAUUUUUAUUUCUGUAUUAUUUCUCUAUGUAGGGAAACAUUUGGUGGAUGGUUUCAUUUCUACAUUGCUACACCAGGGCAUUUUAUUGGGCUUGAGAACAUUUACAUUAUGUUUAUCCAAUAUUCAUUUCUAUUGACAAUUAAAAGGCACAUCAUAGUGUAUCACUUGACACAUAUCUGUGCCCUUACGUUGGCAUUAAAAUAAACUGAAAUAAACUUCUACUAGUGACAUUAUUAUUCCAGCAUUUUGACCACGCCACGCCCACGCUUUGAGUUGCCUGAGAUUUGACCACACCUGCAGCUAAUUCUGUUAAUCACCACUGGGAUUUAAGGACUGCAAUUCAGGCACUUCUUUGUGAGGUAUUGCACUUGUAUGCUGAGCUGGUGUCUUGGUGGUUGUGCUUUGCGCUUUUCCUGUUUAGACCUGUUGGUCUGUAUGUUGACUCUGCUUAUUGUCUGGCGGUUUGGAUUUGUGGACCCUAUUAAAAGUACUGGAGCUCUGCA